GAAGAGGUGGAGGGAAAAUGGCAGCGACCGAUUGAGAGGGGUGUGAAAGUUUGUAAAUAAGUCAAAUUCCUCGGCGGUGAUGAAUAAUUAUUUUCGCCUAUUCUAUGUUCAGUUCAUUAGGUGUUUCCUACAUAUCACUGGCUGCUGUCCCACUGCACAAAGACUGACAUUGUGACAACACAUUGCAGACAUGUACCAUGAUGAACCAUGUCUGGAGAAAUCAUUCACCAAAUGGAUAACCUGGCUGAUUUUGAGAAUGCAACGAAACGAAAUCCACUCCUAUGUUACCUGUGUAAUGAACAGUUUGAGGAUCCUCGAAUUUUCCCCUGUUUUCAUAGCUUCUGCUCAAAAUGUAUCCGUGGACAUGUGUCUGAUGGAAAGAUUGUUUGCCCUUUGUGUGGUGGGGUUGCCCAGUUGAAAGAGGAUCAGUCUCUUCCACCCAGUGAUUCCUUGCUCAAAUUCCUCAUUGAGUCUUCCACUGAAGAAAAAGCACUUUGUGCAAACUGUGAUAAUGCCAAUGGUCACAUGUUCUUCUGCAAUACAUGCACCCAGCCACUGUGCGGGAUAUGUCGUGAGGACACACACAAAGCCAGGAUGUUUGCAUCUCACGAGAUUGUCCUCAUGGCAAAGAGGACCAAGGACAUCCAUAAACUAUGCAAAUUGCACAGUGAACCUUACAUAAUGUUUUCUACAGAGAAGAAAGUCAUGUUGUGUAUCAACUGUUUCAGGGAUAUGAAGAUAGAAAGUCGGUCUUACUGUGUUGACUUGGAGACUGCCUAUAAGCAAGGCUGUAAGAAGUUAGACCAAGCUGUAUUGGCUGUUCAUGACCUGCAGAACUCCGUCAGGGAUGGUAUCCUCUUACUGCGGGUUUUGCUAGAGGAGGUGCGUCGUAAUGCUGUGACAGAGAAACAGGCCAUACAGACUCUGUAUGUCAACAUGCAGGAGAAAAUACAAGAGAAGAAAACAGAGCUGGAAGAGGAAGUAGAAAGACAGUACAAAGCUAAAGAGUCACUGUUUAAGGCUCAGCUGGUAACCUUGACAACAUUAUUACCCACAAUUCAUGUGAACCUGGUCACCAGCGCCGCCUUCACAGGAACAGCCAACAAACAUGAGUUCUUAGACUUGGCAUAUUCUUUAAUGGGUAGACUGACUUCUAUAGUACAACACCAGCAUAAACUAUACCCAACCCAAAGCAGUCAAGUUAACACAGAUUACAAAGCUCAGAUUGCCAAAUGUCUGGAGCCUCUGCUAUUUCCGUAUUAUCAAAAGGGAGAUAACAACACUUGCACCAGUUCUCUCCCUUUGAGCCGCCCAGCCUCCAGUCAAUCUGUGCCUAUGCCAAACAUCAGACUAGAGCUUCCCGUGACUGCCCCCAGCACAACAAACGGCCCAAACAGAGGGGUGACAGUUGUCAGCUAUGGCCCAAAUGGUGGUCGGCGUGGGAACAAUAAUGGGAGUAAAGUGAAAUUCAUUGAUGCUAAAGGCGUGUUUGCUGAGCACUGUGUGGAGUUUGACAACAGUCACAGAGACCUUCUGCAGAAGUUGGAGAAGUUGAAAUCCUGUGUGCAGGAGCUUCACAGAGACUUGACUCUACGACGCAUCAUGGCCAAAAACUGCAAAGUAUCUGACUUUAAAACUGAAGUCGCUGAAGUGGAUGAGCAGUUAACAAAGCAUUGUGAUCACCUGGAGCAGAAGCGGAUUGCUCUGGAAAAGCAUUGGGAAGAAUGUCUUCAGAGAAUAGGCAAUGAACAAGAACUGUAUCAAGCUCAAAUGAGUGAUGUUUUACGACUGAAACAGGAGUGUCAGCAUCUGAAGACAAUUGUCACACAGUUGUCUCCCUUCAUUGAGUCAAUCUCUAAGGUCACAGAGAGAAUUGUGCCUAAAUUAGGAGAUUAUUCCUCGUCCUCAAAUAAAGAGAAGCAGAUCCAUGCUUUGUUUGAGCAAAUCAACACGAUGCAGCCUGAUUCACAACAACGGGUUGAUGCUAUACGAACUGCUGAGGAAGAGAGGGAAACACAAACAGCCAAUAGAACAAAUCCGCUGGAUGAUGAGCUGAUUAAAACAAAGGGCUUAUUGAAGGCUCCAUCGGCACGAAGAGAGAGUGGUACAAGGCGGGACUUGAAAGACCAUUUCAAAAUGCCCACGAUUAGUGGAGAUAGCAAAGGAGUUGAAUGUUCAAACGUGAGCUGUGAUGAAGGGAGAAUUUGUGAAGUAACAAUAGUGAACGCCUGUGGAGACUCUAAGAGUAAGAAGACUGAGUGCCUUUGUGUAAACAGUGCCAGCAGUAAUUGUGAAGCCCCAAAUCUGAACGUGACAGUCAAUGGCGAGGAAUCAACCAAAGUUAACAGUGGAGUCAGUGUUGAUGAUCCAACAGAGGCAAACAUUACAGUAGUCAGCUUAGUUUCACCAAAGACAAAAGGAAUCUGCAAGAACUCUGAGAUUUCAAAGUCUGAGAAUGACUCUGGCUUUGAAAGAAGUAAAAAGGAAGCAACAUGGCUGAAUGCUGACAGCACUGAAUCUCUACUGAAAAAUGGUGACAGCACAGGCGUUGAAUCUCCGAAAGCAAAUGGUGACAGUGAAAGUGCUGAAUUGCCAAAGAUGAUGAAUGGCUGUAAAAGUGCAGGAUUGUUGAAGAUGACCAAUGGGUGUAAAAGCACAGAGGCAAAGAGGACAAACGGAGACUGUACAAUGUACGAGACAUGCCUGACAGUGAUGGCCAGCGAUGGCAUGUGAGCGACAUUUUAACCUUGGCCAGCCCAACACGCAGCAGCCUUUUGUCCUCAGCAUGGCCAAUUCUCAGCCAUUGUUGUUAUAGUGUUUAAUGGCUGUUUUUGCAGUAGUCUACAUGUAGAAGUGAGUAUAGAUUUUUUCACAACAGAAUAGGUGUUUUUCUUCUGUAUUGAUCACCUGUGGGGUGUGAAGUGUUAACAUUGAGGCGUUGCCUGUGCGUUACCAUUGUCCCUGCAGCUCUUGUCCCUCCCCACGGACUGUAUGCACCAUCACACAUCAGUGUACAUGCGGUUGGGGGGUGCCUGGCCACUCUCUUAGUGCCUCUGUAUGUAUAACUAUGAAGCCUGUCCCAGUGGACAACUGUGUAUUGAUCUAUCUUCUAGGAAACAGGGUCAUCCCAGAUUUGUGAAACAACCAAACAACAGGGAUAUUUUCUAACACUGGAAAACGAGGACCGGUUAAAAACAAUUUUGUUAUUCGGAGGCCUUAAACAUCAAUACAUUCUUCAUUUUAUUCUUUCUAUUUUACCAUGCUUUGUAUAAGCUGGAACUGAAAGCGACAGCAUUAAAUCAUCAGACAAUGAACUUAAGAUGUUGACAGCAGAUGUGUAUGUUAGAACUGCUCUUAUUACAUGACAGAGGAAUCUGAUCAGUUAAGGCUAACAUAUGGUGAAACAGUUUUAUAUGUGCACAAUGUUCAUCAUGAAGUACUUUAAAGGAACAGUAAACAAAAGAUAAAGUGAGUGUCACCAUAUCAAUAUCUGAAACUACCUGUAUGAAUGAAGUCGAGGUAUUAUGAAAGUGUUAGAGAGGGCGUUGUUGUUUUCAUUGUCAUGGUUUAGAUUUUCUGAGGCUAAUGAGUAACUUUUGGUGUUGAACUGUAUUGUGAAAUAUCAUUCUUGUACUAUUAUUAUAUUAAGGUAAGAGAUGACCGUAGCUUUAAUUCUUACAGUUUUGAAAAUAAUGCGUUUAUUGAUGUAUUUAGUCAGUAAAUUUAAAGCUAGACCUAUGUUUUAGCUAUCUGAUAUUCAAAUUAAGGACUUGUGUAAAGAAUAUAUAUAUUGGUAUAUACUUUUUUAUCUUAAAGUUUCUUAAUUUUUACCCUAACUCCUCUGCAGAUGGGAACCUACUCACGACUUCAAAUAUGUUAGGUACAUAUGAACUGUAGAUUCACUGCUCACAUGGGAGGAAGUGAAUGGAUAGUACUGGGCCUGGCACACUAACUGCACUGCUGUAGUUUUGCUGGCUAAACAAACCAUUUGUCUUAGAUUGGCUGUGACAAACAAUGACAUUUGUUUUGUAGUGUAUGUAAGGAGAAACCAAUUUUAUUUUGUGCUCUAGGAGAGAAAAAAAAUUGUAAAUCCACCCUGUUUUUUUGUCUGAUCUUAAUGUUUUCACAAUUUUCCUGUUUUUCAAGGCUUUUAACCACAUAAAUACAUGGUAAACAGGAAACAUUGCCCUAGCAGAAUAAGAUGAUUUUUUCAGUUUUAUUUUAAUUUUUAUGAUCACCUCGCUCCGAUGUUGGAAAAAGAGUCAUUUUGCCUGUAAUGCAAAUAAUUGGUGCGGCUUAACUGUCUAGCCUAUUGCCAACUAUCUGUAAAGGCAAGAUCUUCACUUUUUCUGAAUGCCUUGUUUAGAAUUUAGGAUGUACUGAAACCCCCUGCUUAGACUGCAAAAUUUAAUUGUAAUUAUUCAUCUUUAGAAUAUCUUAGUAAAGUUAGUUUUAGAUAUAUUCAUCAGUGGCCUGAAGGGCUUAUUAAUAUUUUUGUUUCACUUCAAGUGAAAAAUAAAAUCCAGAUCUUCUGAACAUUGCAGUGCAGCUCACAAUUUUAUACCUAAGCAUGGCACAAGACUUCUGAAAAGAUAAGUGCACACAGGCACAAACAUAUAGUUGGUAUUUAAGUAUACCUGAAAAUUGUAAUUUUUUUUAUUUAUUUUCUUGUUUGGAAAAAAAAUACAUUUUCUCUUUGCCUGAUCACUAUAUUAAUUGCCUGUUUUACAUAAGAAUUUCAAAAAUGUAAUUUAUGUUAACUGAUUGUUGCCAUGACAAUGUGGCAGUUUGCAGUUCAUCAAGUGUCUGUGUGUCUGU